CUGCUGCUGCUAAACUAAACCAACUACUUACUGCCAUCCAUCUAUCUGCCUGCCCAUCCCCAUCAAUCAUCCAUCAUUGUCGUCACGCAACGACUCUUCAAAACCACCCUCUUUUCUUGACCAAAUCGACCCUCUUGGUCACGCUGUGCACGUCUUUAUUCUCUGCUCUCGAAUCCACUUGAUUCUCCAAACUUCCACAGUCGGUCUCUCCUGCCUUUGUUCCUUUCUUCUUGUUCCCCUAAUCUCUCCCACGUCCGUUCAGGGCCUUUUCGGCUGACACCAUCAUCGCGAAUAUACAGACAUGGCUGAACUGCGACGUAAACUCGUCAUUGUUGGUGACGGUGCCUGUGGAAAGACCUGUCUCUUGAUCGUCUUCUCCAAGGGUACUUUCCCUGAGGUCUACGUCCCCACCGUUUUCGAGAACUACGUGGCCGACGUCGAGGUCGACAACCGUCAUGUGGAAUUGGCUCUUUGGGAUACUGCGGGCCAGGAAGACUAUGACCGUCUCCGACCGCUUUCCUACCCCGACUCACAUGUUAUCCUGAUUUGCUUCGCCAUCGACUCUCCCGAUUCGCUUGAGAACGUUAAGGAGAAGUGGUAUGCUGAGGUUGACCACUUCUGCCACGGACUUCCCUUUAUCCUCGUCGGCUGCAAAAAGGAUCUUCGAAACGACCCCAAGACUGUGGAACAGCUCGCCAAGUUGGGCCAGAAGCCCGUUAGUCCGGAGAUGGUUGACCCCGUGAUCAAGUACUGCCGUUUCAACCGCUACCUCGAGUGCUCGGCACGGACUGGCGAAGGUGUCCGGGAGGUCUUUGAGCAGGCGACUCGUGAUGCUCUUCUGAAGCAGACCAAGCCUAAGCGGAAGUGCUUGAUCCUGUAAGCGAUAUUCCAUCUUACUUGAAUUGUUUGGGCCACGGCCAUGUCGGCUGCAGAGGUGGAAGUGUUUCGGUGUCGACUCAGAUGUUUCUUUUUCAGCCAUUCUUGUCAUCAUUGAGGCAUCGCU